AUGUUGUCCGCCGCGCAGCUGCUGGACGAGUUGAUGGGCCGGGACCGGAACCUGGCACCGGAUGAGAAGAGGAGCAACGUGCGCUGGGAUGACGAGAAUGUGUGCAAAUAUUAUCUGUGUGAAUUCUGUCCGGCAGAACUGUUCACAAACACAAGAUCAGACUUAGGUCCGUGUGAAAAGAUCCAUGAUGAAAACCUCCGCAAACAGUAUGAGAAGAGUUCUCGCUAUAUGAAGGUGGGAUACGAGCGAGAGUUCCUGCGCUAUCUGCAGAGCCUGCUCGCCGAGGUGGAGCGGAGGAUACGGAGGGGUCACGCACGGUUAGCUCUGUCCCAAAACCAGCAAGCUUCCGUUCUGUUGGUCCAGCCGGAAAGAAUGAGGAGAAGAUUCAGGUCCUGACAGAUAAAAUCGAGGGACUGUUACAGCAGAUUGAGGAGCUGGGCUCGGAGGGGAAGGUGGAGGAAGCGCAGGGAAUGAUGAAACUUGUAGAACAGUUGAAAGAAGAGCGAGAACUUCUCAAGUCUACCACAUCGACAAUUGAGAGUUUUGCAGCCCAGGAGAAGCAGAUGGAGGUGUGCGAAGUGUGCGGUGCCUUUUUAAUCGUCGGAGAUGCUCAAUCCCGAGUGGACGAUCACCUCAUGGGAAAACAGCACAUGGGUUACGCCAAAAUUAAGAGCACUGUGGAGGAAUUAAAGGAAAAACUAAGAAAAAAAUCAGUAGAGCCUGAUCGAGAAGAUCGGUUAAGGAAAGAACGAGACGACAAAGACAAGGAAAGAGAGCGAGAGAGGGAAGAGAAGGAAAAGAAGAGGAGACGAGAUGAGGAGGAGAAAGAGAAGGAGAAAGAAAAGGAGAGGACCCGUGACCGAGAGAAGCGUAAAAGAAGCCGUUCCCGUAGCCGAAAUUCCAGCAAAACCUCAGACAGACGAGGCAGCCGGUCUCGUGACCACAAGAGGUCCCGGAGUGGGGAGAGGAAGAGAAGCAGGAGUAGAGAGCGUCAGAGAAGUCGCAGUCACAAUCGAACAGAAAGGAAACAUCGAUCACGCAGCAGAGACAAGCGCAGGUCAAAGAGCAAGGAACGCAAAUCUUACAAACACAGGAGUCGGAGCCGAGACCGUGAGCGCAGAUCUAAGGAGAAAGAAAAAAGGAGUUCCGACGACAAAAAAAGCAGCAAGUCCAGUAGCCGAGAUGGGCAAAGCGAAUCUCGCAAAUCCGACUCUAAGGAAUUGCCCACACAGACCUCUGUGAAUGGGUCGAGCGAAGACAUAAAAUCUGAAGGUGACACUCAGUCCAAUUAA